UUUCAUCUCGUUAAACCCUCUACUCUCUUCUCCUGAAAGCUGUGCUUUUUUUUUUUUUCACUUCAGAGAGUUUCGUUAAAUAUAAAAAGCUUUGAUUUUUAUUUUUUUCAAUUGGUAUCUUCUUCGAUCGUGUUGGAUUUUGAGAUUAGUCGGCGGUUUUGGAACUCGGAAGUGAGGAAGAUGCGGAUGCGGAUGCUACUAAGACCAGGUAUUAUAUAUCACACCGAUACAAAAUCCUCUCGUGUUGUUGUCACAGUUUGUAAGCAAUUAUCAACUUUGUCUGAUAAUGGCGAAAAUUAUGAGAAGCCAUAUACAUUUGAGGGUAAUAGGCAAACUGUUGAUGAGAUUUGCAAUGUUUUGGAGACUGGUCCAUGGGGACCUUCAGCUGAGAAUGCUCUAUCUGCUUUAAGCUUUAAACCACAACCAGAAUUUGUCAUUGGGGUUUUACGGAGGCUGAGAGAUGUUAACCGGGCGAUUGAGUAUUUCCGUUGGUAUGAGAGGAGAACAGAGCUGCCUCAUUGUCCUGAAUCAUACAACUCCUUGCUUUUGUUGAUGGCUCGUUGCAGAAAUUUUGAUGCUUUGGAACAGAUUCUUGGGGAGAUGAGUGUUGCAGGAUUUGGUCCUUCUGUUAACACUUGUAUUGAGAUGGUUUUGAGCUGUGUUAAGGUGAAUAAGCUUAGGGAAGGUUUUGAUGUUGUGCAGAUGAUGAGGAAGUUCAAGUUCCGACCUGCUUUUUCAGCUUACACAACUCUUAUCGGUGCUUUUUCAGCGAUUAAUCAUUCUGAUAUGAUGUUGACUCUCUUUCAGCAGAUGCAGGAGUUAGGGUAUGAACCAACUGUUCAUCUGUUUACGACAUUGAUUCGGGGAUUUGCCAAAGAGGGUCGAGUUGAUUCUGCUCUAUCUUUGCUUGAUGAGAUGAAGAGCAGCUCUCUUGAUGCCGACAUUGUUCUUUAUAAUGUAUGCAUAGAUAGCUUUGGUAAAGUGGGCAAGGUUGAUAUGGCAUGGAAAUUUUUUCACGAGAUAGAAGCGAAUGGUUUAAAGCCUGAUGAAGUCACUUAUACUAGCAUGAUAGGAGUUCUGUGCAAGGCAAACAGAUUGGAUGAAGCUGUGGAGAUGUUUGAGCAUUUAGAGAAGAAUAGACGUGUCCCUUGCACUUAUGCUUACAACACUAUGAUUAUGGGUUAUGGUUCGUCUGGAAAAUUUGAUGAAGCAUACAGUCUCCUAGAGAGACAGAGGGCAAAGGGCUCUAUACCGAGUGUGAUCGCAUAUAAUUGCAUUCUUACAUGCUUAAGAAAGAUGGGAAAAGUGGACGAAGCUUUGAGAAUGUUUGAGGAGAUGAAAAAAGAUGCUGCUCCAAAUCUUUCAACCUAUAAUAUUCUCAUUGACAUGCUGUGUAGAGCUGGGAAACUUGACUAUGCUUUUAAGCUACGUGAUUCGAUGCAGAAGGCUGGUCUGUUUCCUAAUGUUAGGACUGUGAACAUAAUGGUUGAUCGGCUCUGUAAAUCCCAAAAGCUUGAUGAAGCAUGUGCUUUAUUUGAGGAGAUGGAUUGUAAGGUUUGUACGCCAGAUGAGAUUACGUUUUGUUCCCUCAUAGAUGGCUUAGGGAAGGUCGGAAGAGUUGAUGACGCUUACAAAAUCUAUGAGAAGAUGCUGGAUUCUGAUUGUCGUACUAACUCUAUUGUUUACACAUCCCUGAUAAGGAACUUCUUCAACCACGGUAGAAAAGAAGAUGGACACAAGAUAUACAAGGAGAUGAUUAAUCAAAACUGUUCUCCUGACUUGCAGCUUCUUAAUACGUACAUGGACUGCAUGUUCAAAGCUGGAGAACCAGAAAAGGGAAGGGCGAUGUUUGAAGAAAUAAAAGCCCAUCGGUUUGUCCCAGAUGCUCGAAGCUACUCGAUUUUAAUUCAUGGACUAAUAAAAGCAGGGUUUGCAAAUGAAACAUAUGAGUUGUUUUAUUCCAUGAAAGAGCAAGGCUGUGUCUUGGACACACGUGCUUACAAUAUUGUCAUUGACGGUUUCUGCAAGUGCGGAAAAGUUAACAAAGCUUAUCAGCUGCUGGAGGAAAUGAAGACAAAAGGUUUUGAGCCAACUGUUGUUACGUAUGGUUCGGUCAUUGACGGGCUUGCAAAAAUAGAUCGGCUUGAUGAAGCUUAUAUGCUCUUUGAGGAAGCAAAAUCAAAGAGAAUAGAGCUAAACGUGGUAAUUUACAGUAGUCUUAUUGAUGGGUUUGGGAAAGUUGGUAGGAUAGAUGAAGCUUACCUUAUCCUGGAAGAGCUUAUGCAGAAAGGAUUAACACCUAAUGUCUACACAUGGAACUCAUUGCUUGAUGCAUUGGUCAAGGCUGAGGAAAUCAAUGAAGCCCUUGUCUGUUUUCAGUCGAUGAAAGAAUUGAAAUGCACGCCAAACCAAGUUACUUACGGUAUCCUUAUUAAUGGUCUUUGUAAGGUCAGGAAGUUCAAUAAAGCCUUUGUCUUUUGGCAAGAGAUGCAGAAACAAGGGAUGAAACCUAGCACUAUUUCUUACACCACCAUGAUAUCGGGACUUGCAAAGGCUGGGAAUAUUGCAGAGGCUGGGGCGCUCUUUGAUCGGUUUAAGGCAAAUGGUGGUGUUCCAGACUCUGCUUGUUAUAAUGCCAUGAUAGAAGGUCUGAGUAACGGGAACAGGGCAAUGGAAGCUUUUUCUCUCUUUGAGGAAACACGUCGAAAAGGAUUACACAUCCAUACUAAAACCUGUGUUGUUCUUUUGGAUACUUUGCAUAAAAAUGAUUGUCUUGAGCAAGCAGCUAUUGUUGGCGCUGUUUUGAGGGAAACAGGAAAGGCACGGCAUGCUGCACGGUCUUGGUAGACAGUUAUCGAGAAUCUCGUUUCUUGCAUAGGAAAACCAACCAAAGACGUUUUGGGUUAUGUCUGAUACAAGUGAGCAUUCUGAAUCACAAGAAUACCAAGUUUCUGGCGGGGACAAUGAUUGUUUAUUAUCUGUCAGUGUUUACAGAUCAAGAAAGAUGGGUGUCCUCACUUGAAACACGCUUAUAUCAAUUAACCCCAGAUAAUUACUUCGGUUCCCUUCUUCGUUUGAUUCAGUUCUUGAGAACCACCAAGAUCUUCAUGGUACCUCCCAUCCAGAUGCAUCUUCUGCAUUCUUCCUGAAGUCGAGCCUAUACAUUCAGAUUGUUAUCAUUGCCAUCUUUUUAAGGAUUUUAUUGGAGACUAUUGCUCGGUCUAUAAGUCACUUUGGUAUGAGCUCUUCUUUAUAACAAAGGUUGUAUUUUCUCCGACAUAAGUAAGAGCCAGCUCCUUGUGUAGUGUAAGAAGCAGAAAUCUUAAGAAGACUGUGACUAGUAGAGAAUUUCGUAAGAAAAUGCCUGUGUUGCUAUGUCUUACACUGCAUUUUAAACAGAGCACCAGUUUGAUCAUUUAUGAUCCCCUAUGUUAAGGUUGUGAAAUCCUUUUUCUUUUAAAAUUAUAUUGUGCUACUUCUGUAGAUCUGCGGCUUUUUCUGGAGAUGAGAUAUAAACCUCCUUCGAAUUUAUCUUUUGCUCACUUUUUACUUUCAUUAUAAGUUCUACGUGUAGUUCCAUUGACAAGGUUCUCUUACGA